AUGAAGUUCUCAACUGCCACAUUAUUCGCAGUAUUGUCCUCGAUCUUAUCAGUCGAGGCAUCAUCCUGUUCAUACGACGGAGGAAAUUACUACUGUUCAGAAACAUCCAAAGUCGUCUACAAAGGUAUUGGAUUCUCGGGAAGUUACAAAGAUGUCACCAAUAUGGAUGAAGACAGUGGGUCCUGCUCGCAAGAAUCGUACUCGUUUUCAGGAAACUUGAGUCCCCUUGAUGAGGAAUUAUCAGUUCAUUUCAGAGGUCCUUUGAAGUUGUUACAGUUUGGUGUCUACUAUCCAAGCAAUUCAAGUAGUAAUUCCAAGAGAGAACUUGACGAAGAAGACUGCAACACCCAACAUGUCCAUCAUAAACACAAGAGAGCCACUGAGAUUGUUCAAGUUACCCAAACUGUUAUGGUUGAUAGUAAUGGAAACACCGUCACUUCACAAACUACUGAAACCACCAACGCUGACAACGGACAAGACACUUCAUCAUCCUCGUCGUCUUCUGCUGCUGGUUCUGGUACUACGUCCAUUACUAAUUUAGCUGGUGAAGGAAAAGCUUAUAGAUCAAUCUCAACUCUGUCUGCACCAACCACCACUUCAUCCCAAUCUUCAUCUUCCGAAACUGCUUCCGCCGAUGGUGCAUGGGAAAGAGAUACCUACUACACUCCAGGCAGUGCUGACAACUGUGUCUUUUUGAACUACUAUGGUGGUUCAGGCUCUGGUGUUUGGUCAUCCAAGUUUGGAAACUCAUUGUCAUAUGCAAAUUCUGACAAUUCAGGUGCAUCCUCAAGUGCUGUUGCUUUAGAAGAAGUCACCAUUGGAUCAGACAAGGAAUUUGUUGUCAUGUCAGGUCAAAAAUGUUCAGGAGACUCUUGUGGUUACUACAGAGAUGGAACCGUAGCCUAUCAUGGUUUCGGUGGCAGUGACAAGAUUUUCAUUUUUGAAUUUGAAAUGCCAAGCGAUAGUUCAUCAUCUGGAUACAAUGCUGAUAUGCCUGCUGUUUGGUUAUUGAAUGCUAAAAUCCCAAGAACUUUGCAAUACGGUGACUCUUCAUGUUCAUGUUGGUCCACUGGUUGUGGUGAAUUGGAUUUGUUUGAAAUCUUGUCUUCUGGUUCAGAUAAAUUGAUUAGUCAUUUGCAUGAUGGACAAGGUGCUUCAUCAUCAACCAACAAUGGUGGUGGUGGAUCACAAGAUUACUUUGCUAGACCAACCAGUGGAUCAUUCAAAGCUGCUGUUAUUUUCACCAGUGACGAGAUCCAUAUUGUUCAAGUUGAUGAUUCAACAGACUUUGGUUCUAGUUUGGAUGAAGAUACUGUCAACUCAUGGUUGCAACAAUCAGGUUCAUCAGCCACUAUUGGUUACUAG